GUUACUUGGAGCUGAUGAGGUCAAUUUCAGUCGUGGAAUUGAUGCAGAAGGACAGAAUAACGCCAGUCACAGGAGUGAGGAGGAGGAAGAGACAGAUGAGGAGGAACAGGAAGAAGAGGAGGAGCAGGACUAACCUAAAACUCUACACACAUGAUGGGGAUCAGCUUUCUGCUCUACAGACCACUGACUGGGCCUGAAUCACUGGGAACUGACUGGUUCUGGUUUCUCUCUCAGGUUGACUGAAGUCCAGGAGAUGGAGGACAAAGCAGAACCUCCAGGACCAUCUAUGAGGAGUGAGGAGUCCAAAAGAACAGAUCCAGGCUUCAGUGAAGAACCUGGACUGUCAGAUUCAGAAUGGAAGAAGAGGAGCAGCGUUGGUGUGGAGGAGCAGCUGCUGGCAGCCAAUCAGAGCAGCUUUGUUCCAGAUGUUGGUCUGCAGGAGGUUCUAGAGGAACAUAAGAUCAGUCUGAGGAGGAGAUGUGAACGUGUGACUGAAGGAAGUGAUGAACCAGGAAGUAGAACCCUCCUCAACAGGAUCUACACUGAUCUCUACAUCACAGAGGGACAGAGUGAAGAGGUUAAUACCCAACAUGAGGUGAAGCAGCUGGAGAGAGCUUCCAGGAUCCAGAACCUCCAUGACUCUCCAAUCAGGUGCCACGACAUCUUUAAAGCCUCACCUGACCAACAUGGAGCCAUCAGAGUGGUUCUGACCAACGGCGUCGCUGGUGUUGGAAAAACCUUCUCAGUGCAGAAGUUCACUCUGGACUGGGCCGAGGGCUUGGAGAACCAAGAUGUCCGUGUGGUGGUUCUGCUGUCGUUCAGGGAGCUGAACCUGAUCAGAGGUGAGCAGCACAGUCUUCUCACGCUGCUCCAUGUUUUCCAUCCAACCCUCCAGAAGCUCCCAGCAGAGCAGCUGGCUCGCCACAAACUUCUCUUCAUCUUUGACGGCCUGGAUGAAAGCAGACUUUCUCUGGACUUCAGCCACAGUCGGCUGGUUUCUGACGUCACACAGAAGUCAUCAGUCGACGUUCUGCUGACAAACCUCAUCAAGGGGAACCUGCUUCCCUCGGCUCUGGUCUGGAUCACCUCCAGACCUGCAGCGGCCAAUCAGAUCCCUCCUUCAUGUGUUGCCAGGGUAACAGAGGUACGUGGCUUCAGCGACGCCCAGAAGGAGGAGUACUUCAGGAGGAGGUUCAGUGAUGAAGAGCUGUCCAGCAGAAUCAUCUCCCACAUCAAGACCUCCAGGAGCCUCCACAUCAUGUGUGGAAUCCCAGUCUUCUGCUGGAUCACUGCUACGGUUCUGGAGAACAUGUUGACCACAGAGCAGAGAGGAGAGCUGCCCAAGACCAUGACUGACAUGUACUCUCACUUCCUGCUGGUCCAGACCAGGAGGAAGAAGAACAAGUACCAUGGAGGACAUGGGAGGAGUCCACAGGAGCUGAUGGAGGCUGACAGGGAAGUUCUCCUGAAGCUGGGGAGGCUGGCGUUGGAACAUCUGGAGAAAGGAAACAUCAUGUUCUACCAAGAAGACCUGCAGCAGUGUGGUCUGGAUGUCACAGAGGCUUCGGUGUACUCAGGAGUUUGUACAGAGAUCUUCAAGAGAGAGAGUGUGAUCUUCCAGGAAGCAGUCUACUGCUUUGUUCAUCUGAGUAUUCAGGAGUUUCUGGCUGCAGUCUACAUGUUCCACUGCUUCACCAGCAGGAACAUAGAGGUGGUUAAGAACUUCCUGAUGGAAGAUUACACCAGCAGGAAUACAGAGGUGGUGGAGAACUUCCUGGGACAAAAAUACAGUGAAAAAUCUCUGGAUGAGUUCCUGAAGAGAAUCAUGGAGAAAUCUCUCAGCAGUAAAAAUGGCCACCUGGACCUGUUUGCUCGCUUCCUUCAUGGCCUCUCUGUGGAGUCCAACCAGAGACUCUUAGGAGGCCUGCUGGGUCAGACAGAGAACCGUCCAGAAACCAUCCAGAGAGUCAUCAACAACCUGAAGGAGAUGAACACUGAUAGAAUCUCUCCUGACAGAAGCAUCAACAUCUUCCACUGUCUGAUGGAGAUGAAGGACCUUUCAGUUUAUCAGGAGAUCCAACAGUUCCUGAAAUCAGAGAACAGAUCAGAGAAGCUCUCUUUGUUCCAGUGCUCGGCUCUGGCUUACAUGCUGCAGAUGUCAGAGGAGGUUCUGGAUGAGUUGGACCUGGAGAAGUACAACACAUCAGCAGUAGGACGACAGAGACUGGUUCCAGCUGUGAGGAACUGCAGAAAGGCUCGAUUGCAGGGCUGCAGUUUUUCAGAGAUCAGCUGUGAUUAUCUGGUAUCGGCUUUGAAGUCCAACCCGUCCCAUCUGACAGAACUGGACCUGAGCUACAAUAACCUAAAAGAUUCUGGAGUGAAGGAGCUCUGUGGUUUCCUCCAGAGUCCCCUCUGCAAACUACAGAUAUUGAGAUUGCAGGGCUGCAGUUUUUCAGAGACCAGUUGUGAUUAUCUGGUAUCGGCUUUGAAGUCCAACCCGUCCCAUCUGACAGAACUGGACCUGAGCUACAAUGACCUAAAAGAUGCUGGAGUGAAGGAACUCUGUGGUUUCCUCCAGAGUCCUCUCUGCAAACUACAGAUAUUGAGACUGAGUGUCUGCAACCUCUCAGUCAGAAGCUGUGAAGCUUUGUCUACAGUUCUCCACUCUCCACUCGCUUGUCUGCGAGAGCUGAACCUGAGUAAUAACAACCUGCAGGAUUCAGGAGUGAAGCUAGUAGCUUCUGGAUUGGGGAGGUCUACCUGCAAGCUGGAGAUUCUGAGGUUAUCCGGCUGUCUGGUCACAGAGGAAGGCUGUUUGUGUCUGGCUUCAGCUCUGAGCGCUAACCCAUCCCACCUGAGAGAGCUGGACCUGAGCUACAAUCAUCCAGGAGAGACGGGGGUUGAGGUUCUCUCUGCUCAGCUGGAAGAUCCCCGUUGGACUCUUGAAAGUCUCAGCCUGGAGCCUGCUGGAGUCCAGUGGUUGAAACCAGGACUGAAGAAGUACUCCUGUCAGCUCACCAUCGACACAAACACGGUGAGCAGAAGGAUGAGAAUUUCCAGCGACGGCAGGAAAGUGACGCAUGUGAAAGACGAGGAGCCGUAUCCUGACCAUCCCGACAGAUUUGACGUUCCACCUCAGUUUUUGUGUCGUAACGCUUUGACCGGUCGCUGUUACUGGGAAGUGGAGUUUCAGGGACAGGCGCUGUUUGCGGUCAGCUACGAGAGGAUUCAGAGGAAGGGAAACACCCACGAUUGUCUGUUUGCAUGGAACGACCAUUCCUGGAGUCUGAGGUGCACUGACAGCGGCGUAUUCUCUGUCCUGGAAAAUAAAGCUGAAACAACCGUUUUAGCCUCCUCCUCCUCCGUCUCCAACAAAGUCGCCGUGUAUGUGGACCAUCCUGCCGGCAUCCUGUCCUUCUACAGCGUCUCCUCUGACUCACUGAUCCACCUCCACACCUUCAACACCACCUUCACUGAACCUCUUUAUCCUGGCUUUGGCUUUGGGUUAUUGUACACCUCAGGCUCCUGGAUUUCAAUUUGUCCCCCAGAAUAGCCUCCUAUUGCAAUCUGCUCAUACCAAAUUAUUAAUGCAUAUUAUAUUUCUAUGCAAAUGUAUCAUGGGGACAUGUUUAAACAUUGUUACAGUAAUUUUAUUUUGAUUCAGUGUUGUUACAUUACUUACAUACGUUACUUUUGUUACGAAGAACAUUGUGUUAACCUUGCUAUGCACAGAUACCGUAUUUUUCGGACUAUAGUUUACAAUGAAGGACAUGGAAUUAUAAGAGGGCGUUCUAGGCAUGGGAAGACUAAAUGCUGCUCCUGUACCCUUAAAAAAAUUAUUGAAACAUUAACUUAUAGACAACAAAGACUGAACACGUGUUUGUUUCACUGUUUCAGUACGUAUUCACGCAGUAGAGCGUUACGUGGUGCAGCUCGAAGGGAGAGGUCAACAGAACCUCAUCAAUGGGCUGUCGGUGAAGCUAAUAACAGCUAGCAGUAGCUUAUGUUGUCUGGGCACUUUCAAAAGCGUUACUGACAUUUCCAUGUUGCUCUCAAACACCCGUGUCGUAUUGUUAGCUUAGCAUGUAGUGCAGCUACGCUCAUGGUGUUAAUUCAUUUCAAUUUUGACAACUUUCAGCGUAAACGGCCUGUUACGCUGAAAUGCUAUGGCAAGAACCUUUGCGGUUGGAGCUGCUAGCUUGUUAUGCUAAUUUACCCCAUUCAAUCUUCCAGGUAUGUUACAUGUUACUCAGUGUUGUGGAUGUAAUUGUGUAAUUUUCCUCUUUAUGACGCAUUUUUGUGACUGAUGCGAGUGACUUGUAUUCUGAGUCAACUAGAUAGCUGAUAUAUUUAUGACCUAUUUUUUGUAUUCUGAUAUCCUUAAACCAAAAGGGACAUAUUACAGGUUAAAGGAGCAAAUUACUGCAAAGUUAACCAAACUCAUUCUCAUUUGUAACCCAGGAUAGAAGUAACAUUCCCUAUAAGCAGUCGGUCCUCUCCAUCAACAAUGUCUAAGUCACGUUUUUCUCCUUUCAAACCUAGAGGUAUAGUCUGGAGUGACUUUGGUCAGAGUGUAGCCUGUGUUUACUUCCUGGUUCCUCAGCCAAUCAUAUGAGAGUUCCCAGAAUUCCCAAUACAGAGCGCAGCAUUUGGUAUUUUAUUUUGGCAAAAGACACGCUAACACGGCUGUCGGUAAGAGAAGCGGACCGGAAAUAUAACACAAUACAACAUCAUAUUCCUGUCCUGUGGAAGUAAAAAUACAGCGAGGUUUCAUAGCAGCAACAGAGUAUUUAAAAACGGCAAUUAGAUGGUUGUCACUGACAGACUGUUGUACCGAUUUGAGACACUAGGUGUCAUUAUUACUCAUUGCUCCUUUAAAAAACCUGCUGUAUUUCAUUUUUGAAAUAAAUAAAUAUGUACUGUAGUACUUUCUAAGAAGUAUCUUUUCUAUUUCAGUAUUUUAUGUUAUCAUUAUUGUUUUUAUUCUGGGCUACAUGCUGUUUUUGCUGGCCUGUUCAGCGUGACAGAACAUUUACAUGGUUCUAAAACAAUUUAGGUAAUUCUGCCACAGUGGUGCAUCCUACAGCAAAAACACUGCAGACAGACAGGUUCUGCAUUAAAAUUGUAUCUUUUUAAAAUGGCACAAAAGCAAUAGAUACAUUAGUUGGGUUUAACUUGAACAGUUACUUAUGGAAGAACAAGGUACACGGUUUGUGUCUAGUUUUUUUAAGUUUAUUUAAUUUUAUAUAUUUUUAAACCCCACAUACUAUACCUUUGCUUUUUUGUAGUCCUUUGGAUUUUUCAGAAACCAUAGUUGAGUUUUCUGCAGUUAAUGUUGGAUCAAUAAAAUUUUGUCUUCAUUGUCA